UUUGAGCACAGCUUUGCUCUUCCUCAGGCGUCUCCGCCGGUUUUCUGUCCGGACUCUCGCACACGAGACCUGGACGCGAUCCUGUCGGCCAUCAGAGGAGCGCAGGACUUCAUUCAUGUGGCGGUCAUGGAGUUUUAUCCCGCUUCCAAGUUCUUUCAUCAUCACGGAUACUGGCCCGUGAUUGAAGACGCUCUGAAGCGCUCGGCUGUGGACAGAAACGUCUCCGUCUGUCUGCUGGUCAGCUGUGGACGGGAAACAGAUCCGGCCGUCUGGCCCUUCAUCAGAUCAUUAGACGCGCUUCAUUCGCCGUCAGACAACAUUAACAUCGCAGUG